UGUUGUUCAUUCGUGUCAUUUCAGUUUGUUCUCAAUUAAGUUAAUUGUAUUGUUUACUUUUUGAACCUCAAUUAAAUAAGUUAUUUAAAACUUUCUUACUUUUUACAGAACAUUCCGAAUCAAAAAAAGUGAAAUGGUUGUUUUGGAGUCAUGCUGGUCACCAAUCAUUUGGUCCAACUCGGUGAAGACCGGAAGUUAUGCGGUCGCAGUAUAUUCAGCAGCUUUAUCCGUUGUGCUAAUCACUUUGAUUUGUUAUAUGCUAGCAGGUGGAGAAUCAGCACAAUUAUAUUCCCCACUAUUUGAAACUGAUAUUAGAUCGUCGAUGCCAGUUUAUGGCGGAAUAUUCAUAUUUUACUUUUUAUUUCUCAUUAUUGCAUCUUACUUGGUAUAUUACGGAAUUAAAAUAAGUACAAGGGGAUGGCUUUUACCGUGGCUUAUAUUGGUAGGUUUCGGUAUUUUAUUCCAAUUUUGUUGGGGACUUUGGCUUAUUGGAGGAUAUUAUAUUUACCUGGAACAAACGUUGUCUGCACUUUUAAAUUUUGUUUGGAUGGCUUACAAUAUAUAUUGUUGGCUCUGCGUGUUUUCACAGUACCAAAUAUUUUUGGAGAUGCAAAAUCCCAACAUUGUGCUUUUGGAACCAUUUUAAGAAGUACAAAAAUUCAAAGAAACUCAAACAUAUCGAAUUACUGCAACAAUUGAUCUAUUUAUUAAAUAUGUAUAAAGAUCAAUCUUAAAAAGACUACAGUUUCCGUCCAUAACUUUACACUUAUUUUAUAAAACUUGAAAAAAAAUAUGACGUUAGCUUAAAUUAUAAAUUUAUACUUCGAAAUAAACAAAAGC